CACAAGCGAAAAAAAUGGUGAGCUAUAGAACAGAGUGGAAGGGUGCCCAAAUCACUUGCUUAAAAAAGUAGAGCACCUUUGAAGAUGUCUAGAGUAAGUCCCUUAUAAACCAGGAACCUUUGUUCUAUCCACAGUGCUUUAGCUUCGAGAAAGAGAGGGAAAGAUAGAGAUUGAGAGGGAGAUGGAUGGGGCUAAAAUCCCAGUUCUUGAUUUUUCAGGGGAGGAUCUUGACAGGGAGCGUGGGGGUGAGUGCUGGGAACUGUUGUGUAGCAAAGUUAGAGAGGCAUGUGAGACUCAUGGCUGUUUCCUCCUAAUGUACGAUAAGAUCCCAACAAGUCUACGUGAAGAUAUGCUGGUAGCCAUGAAGGCAUUGUUCGAUCUCCCUGAAGAGACCAAGAAUAAGUACCAGAACCCUAAGCCUUACCGCAGCUAUCAGGGCAAGUGCCCCGUGGUUCCUUUGCAUGAGAGCUUCGGCAUCGACGACGCAACACGGCUUGAAGCGGCUCAAGAAUUCACUCAGCUCAUGUGGCCUCAGGGAAACCCAGCGUUCAGUGAGAUACUCAAUUCCAUGAGCUCCAAGCUGCUAAAGCUAAAUUUUACCAUCCUGGGAAUGAUCUUCGAGAGCUUUCGAAUGGAAGAAAAGAACUACGACGCGCUUGUGAGGGACAGCACUAGCAUUUUCCGUAUAAUGAAGUACAAAGUUCCUCCCAGGGAGGAAGAAAAUCUCGGUCUUGUGGCUCACACAGACAAGAAUGCUCUAACUGUUCUAUGCCAAAAUGAUGUGCAAGGUCUUGAGGUUAUGACUAAAGAAGGCCGUUGGGAACACGUGGUGGUUCCCAGAGAUGCUUUUGUAGUCAUUGUUGGUGAUGCCCUUAAGGCCUGGAGCAAUGGAAGACUUGUUGCUGUGAAGCACAGGGUGGUGAUGAAGGCCGACAAAGAGAGGUACUCUUUCGGGCUGUUUUCUUUGCCAAAGGAAGGAGCAAUGAUUGAGGUGCCGCGUGAACUUGUUGACAAUGAACAUCCACUCCUUUACCGGCCAUUCAAAUUUGCAGACUAUUUCUCCUACUUUGUUUCAAAUAUAAGUGAUGAUGCGCUGGAGAUAUACGCCGGGGUGUGAUAUCCAUAUAUAUCAUUUGGGAUUGUAAAUGCUGUAAUCAGCUUUCUUAAUACUGUUUUACUUGAUAAAAA